AUGGGGUUUGCUGAGGACAAGGUUUAUGAGUACAUUAGGGAAUAUAUGUCCGACUUCCAUCACAUCCGGGUGCUCCAGCUGAUUCGCCAUCUGCCGUGUCUCUCUGAUGCAGACAGGGAAGAGAUCGAAGCCUACGACGACAGGAAAGGGAACGAGCACGCCGUGUGGAAGCUCUUCGACUACUUGAAAUGCAGGAGUGGCUGGGUGAAGGAGCUCAUUGAGGCACUCAGGAAGAAUAGGCACCAUGAUCUCGCAGACAGGGUUCAGCGCAAGUACGAUGCUCACCAAAUCCGUCCUCGGAGCAAGGCAUCACUUCCUGCGGUGAAUAACUCUCUGCCCAGCUACGCGUCGGUUUGCUCUCGGAUGCCGCCACCGACUGGUAAUCCUGAUCCUCGGCGCGCUGGCCCCACCUUUGCGAACAAUCCCCACACGCCUCCGUUGCCUAGGCAGCCAGCAAGUCUCCCAGGGCUUGGCACACCCCUGCCUCUCCAGACGAAUCCGUCUGGAGCGGAAAGCUGCCACGACCUGGGAGAAUACAAUAUUCCUGUGCAAGAAAUGGAGCCAAUGGCAAAGCAAAAGGUUACAGAAGAUGCCCUGGCCCCAUGGAGGGAAGCUCCGAGUUCCCAACCCGCUGGGAACGCAGCACUAGCUGAUCUCAGGGCAUCACAGGAAGGCAGUAACCAUGGAGAUGGUCUGGCCCCAGCAGCAGUCCAUUUAUCUCCUGGAUCACCAGCGGGACACCUGCUGGCUUGUGGGGGGGUGCCCAGAGGAGAGGUGGAAGUGGCUCAGCCAAGCAGACCAGUACCCGACCCAAGAGGACAGAGUCAGGACUGGGCCGGCCGCCAGCAGCAUCCGGUCUGUGUGAGCGGUGGGUAUUUUGGGAACAUGAAUCACCUGAACGUUGGGAACAGCAGAAAGGCAUCCGUGCCUGCAGAGCCUGUUCAGAGAGGGGAGCCGGCCGCCGUUCCUAGCCCAGAGGAUUUCAUGAACCAGCCAGAAGAGGUUUACUAUUCUUCUUUUGAGCGCUCUCCCCUGGCUUCCGGUGCCAACAGAGCUGUCCACGGGGAUGGGCGGCAGGCUGGAGAUUCGCUCCGGGAACAGAAGAUUCAGGCUUUGCAGGGUUACGAGAAUGGGAACCUGACGAGCAGCAUGGUGGAUGUUCAUGACCCUCUCCUCCUGCAGACCCAGUUUGAUGCAGAGCAGAAACGUGCCCAGGGGCAGAGAGACCAUGGCGGAGAGAGGGAUGCGUUUCCCCUACACCAAAUCAGAGAUUCUGCACCAAGCACAUGCAGUUAUGGUGAUGUGGGAGUCAUCAAAGGAAGGGCUGACUCUAGUUCUGCAAUCGGAUCAGUGCCUGCCUCUCAGACAACGAGCACAAUCCCCAUGGACUUCAGUGAGGAUGCGACUGCUCGUGAUUUGGGAGCAUUACAUCUCAGCACAACACGCUCGGCCAGUUCCUCUGAAAAACUGGCUUCAGGCCCCUCCACUGGACCUUCCCAGGGGAUUCCUGAGCAGAACCCAGGUAACGGCAUCAAUUCCCACUGUGGUGGACGGUCGGGAGGGUGCCUAGCAGAUACCCCGGGAGCUGCCAGUGGACCGGCAAACAGCAGGGAUCCUCAAAGCAAAGUCCAGAUUCCAGCUCCUGCAGCUCACGUGCUACACCCAGCUUCAACUCCUGGGCCCAGCAACGUUCUUCCAGCCGGUUCCCCCAUCCAUCCCAGUACGACUAGAGUUCUCAAGCUGUCCAAUGCCAGGCCUGCUGUGGAAUUCUCUGACCUUAGUGGUUUCUCCUCUACUGCUGUGAUUCCACCUAGUUCGCCUGGAUUGCCUUCUGACCCGUCAGGGCCCGCAUUCAACAGCGACCUGGGUGAGCUGAAAUCUCCCGUCCAAGAGCGCGAACUGCCAACGAGAGACACAGACAGCAGCAGCACCUCCAUGCCAAAGGAGAACGCAAAUCGAGCGCCAAAGCCCCCUGCUCCGAGUGUGACCCGAACCAGCCCAGGGAUCCCUGGGAGCCCAGCUGGCACCACCGCAAGGGAGGCAGGGUGGGAGACCCAAAACGCCUUGCCAGGCCCCCCUGGGGGCUGCCAAGUGUUCUACAGUGAGCCGGAUGAAGAGGUGGUGCUCAGCAAGCCAGGCGUGCUAAUCUCCACCGGAGGCGUGGAGGAGCCAGCCACGAGGCAGCCAGAGUCACCCGAGACAAAUGUCCAAUAUUCUGGGAGGUCUGAUCGCUUCAUCCUCAGCCGCGAGUGCUCUCAGGACAGCAAUCCCCUAAUGAUAAGCGAAUCCAGCAGUGCCUGUUCCAGCUCCAGCAGAGCCCAGAGGAAUCAGCCUGAAGAGAAUCACUACUCCUCUCGCUCUGACCACCGCCCCCAAGCUUGGGCUGCCAGCAAUGGCCCAAGAAGAGACGAGGCUACCAAAACCAGCAGCGCCUCCCUUCCGCCAGAGAACAGCAGCACCUGGGACAGCACAGCUGUGGGAACUCACGAAGUCCAUGUGGUUGAGUAUCCUAGCGCUGAUCUGGGGGAGGCUCCCGGCCUGCGGGUUGUAGCCAAUGCCUACGAAAACCCAUCUCCAGCCAGCUCUGGCUCCCUCAGGAGGCUCUCCGGAUAUUCCGACUCACCUUGGAAUUCAGAAGCCCCUCCAGGAAGUUCCCCCCAGAACGAUAACAGGCCAAGGCGAGACAGUGAUGGGACAUCCUUUCCCUUGAAGGACUAUAUACUGCCAGCUGCCGUUGCUGCUUUCACUUCUGUUGUGGCUUUCCUAUUCUAUAAGCAUCUGCGGAAAUAG